AUGAGCUUCAAAAAUGAAGAUCAGAAGUCUCCUUACGAGGCGUCUGAAACGAUUCAUGAAGUUGAAAAGAAGCUGAAAAUUUCAUACACAAGAGAGUUCCUCUUGUCCUUGAGUAAUUUGGAUAUUUGCAAGAAGUUACCAAGUGGGUUUGGUGAAUCACUGCUGAGUGAAUUUGAGGAUGGCUUGCAAAGCAUACAAGAUCGACCAAGAAUGCCUGGGAGCUUGUCAUCACAGGGUUUCAGACGCAAUGAGUAUGGCUCAUCUCAGAAUACUCGAGCAGACUCUGAUAAUUACUCUCUAGGCAUUUACGGAAGACGGGGAAGCCAAUUUUCUGGGCAGGGUGAUCAAGAUAUCGACUCAAAAUCCAACAGGGAUUCAGAUUCAGGAAGGCAUUAUGGCCAUCAGUCAAGGAGGCCUUGGCAGACUCCUGAGCAUGACGGACUUCUAGGGAGUGGUUCAUUUCCAAAAACAUCUGGAUUUACUGCUGGGAUCUCCAGCUCAAAGGCACAAGGAAAUGACCGCUAUCAACUUAAGAAGAGCAAUGAACCAUAUCAACCUCCACGACCUUAUAAGGCAGUGCCUUAUCCACGGAGAGACACCGACUCUUUCAAUGAUGAAACAUUUGGUUCAACGGAGUCGACUAGUGAGGAUAGAGCAGAGGAGGAAAGGAGGAGAAGAGCCUCUUUUGAGUUGAUGAGGAAGGAACAACAAAAGGCUCUUCAAGAUAAGCAAAAAUUAAACCUGGAGAAGCAUAAAGCUGAUGGUGUCUCAGACCUUGGUGAAUUAUUGGAGGAUAGCAGAGAGAAACCGAGAGUUUUGAACAGGAACAAUGAAUUGGACUCUUCCUCCGCAGCUCCUGUCUUAAAUGAUUCUGAAAAAUCUUCUUUUGAUUCACACUCUCCUGCGCCUAGGCCACUUGUUCCGCCAGGUUUUACAAACAAUAUUCUGGAUAAGAGCGUCGGCGUAAAAUCUUCGAUUCAUCCUCUGUCAGUGGUUGAAAAACCUAUAACAGGGGAAAUCCUCUUUCGUGCUGGAGCCAACCCCAUCCAAAAUGGUACUUGCAAUAGUUUAGAGAGGCAGUUAUCACAAGAAAGUAGUUUAGUUAAUGGACAGCCUGAAGAUAAGACUAAGCAUGCACUGCAUUUGAACAAGGGGGAAAACAUAAAUUUUCACUCAACUUCAAAUUCGGCAAGCAAUAAACUUGGAAUGGAAAAUCAGUUACACCAGAAUUCUAAACAUUUAGAUGCUCAUCAAAACUUGGAUGACCCUGAAAUCUUUGAACUUGAUUCCAAGAUAUUGGGAGACAAAAUUGUAGGCGAGUCCAGGGUAAGUUAUCCAAUGCUGGAUUUGGAAAAAAAAUUUAGCAGCACAUUAUCAAUGAAUGGAGGCGGAUCCGAUACAGCCGAGUGUCAUGAUAGUAAACUCGAUAAGUGGAACUCUGUCCAGUCAUCAAAGUUUUCCCAAUGGUUAUUUGAGGAAGAUGCUAAGCCAACGGAUGAUAUCACAUCUGGAAGUCCCAAUGAUUUGCUAUCAUUAAUCGUCAGUGGCGACAAGGGCAGAUAUCAAGUUUCUGGCUUGAAAACAGAUGACAACCUUCCACGUGAUUUUUCCUACAAGAGCUCUGAGCAUAGUAAUAAGUUAAGAUUUGGCAUGUCAUCUGCAGCUAAUGGGGUCUCUGAGCGGGUGUGCAUUAGUAACAAAAAAGAGAUUGUUCCUGCUGUCCUUACCUGUGAAGACCUUGAACAAUCGAUUUUGUCGGAAUACAGUGCAAAGACAUCAAAUUUGCAGCCAAUGUUACAAGGCUGGAAUACUACUGGUGCGAACACUGAGCGGCCAAGUGAGCAUGUUGAUGAUCAUGCAGCUGGACACCUGCUUUCAUUAUUGCAGAAAGGAAUAGACGCGAGUAAUUCGACCCCGGACUCUAGUACGGAUCUGGGCUUUGCAGGCAAACUACUAGUCUCUAAAGAACAUGAUAAGGGCAAUGCUGUAAAUGAACCUAAAGGCGAAGUGGGCACCGAGAAUAUUGAUAAUUUGGGGAAGUCUCUUACGAUGGAAUCUCUCUUUGGUUCUGCUUUCAUGAAGGAGCUGCAAUCAGUUGAUGCACCUGUUUCCAUCCAAAGGGAACCAGUUGAGUAUACACGAAUUGAUGUUCCGGAGCCUCAUGGAAUAUCCUUUCCAAUAGUGGAUAAAUACAUUUUUUCCUUGGGAGUUGAUCAAGCCGGAUUUGGAAGGACAAAUCAUGAUAAUAGUAAUUUGACUUCAAACCAGCGAAAGCAAACCAAAACAGGCGAGGGUGAGAACUGGCUGGGAAAUGACUCCUCCCAAAUUGAUUCAAAUCAUCAUACUGAAGCAGUCUCUAAACAUGGUGGCUUUGAUGGGGCAGUUGAAUUUCAGCUGCCUGAAGAGGAGAGCUUAAUUUCUGUAGGCGAUCAGAAUCAUCGGAUUUCGACAUUUAUUCCAACUGGUAAUUCAAAGGCACCUCUUGACAUACCGGAAAAACUGGCAGCUACCAAUGCCAUCAUCAAAGACAAACAAAUUAUGCUUGCUUCAGGAAGUCUGCCCUUUAUACAUGGACCACGUGAACAAAUGGAUUCCAAUAUUCCCUAUAGUUAUCUUAUGACCCAGCAAUCAUCUUCCCAAUUUCAGCCUCAACAAAUGACUCCUGGGAGGCUAUUUUUUCAUCCCAUGGAUUCUCAUCGUGCUCACUCAACUUCCCAGUUGAAGUUCAUGGAUCCAGGCAUCGUACUUAAUCAGGAAUCUCCCGCCGAUCACCAAUUUCUUGGAAAUAUGAUCCAACCGCCUUUUAAUCACUCUAGUGCAGGGGUUGCUGGGUUUGACGUCCAUGCUAACAACCCUUCAAGGCUACAUCAAAUGCAGAUGUCAGGGAAUCCUCACCUAUUACCGGAGUUCACCAGGGGCAGUCCAGUGUCUCGUCCUGGCAAUCAACCAACUGGGUUUAUUCAGGAAAUGAAUCCAGUUCUAGGUUUUCCUUUUGGACCCGACCAACCCAACAUUGGCAGUCUUGGGAUGCCAAUUCCAUCUCCUGAUAUCAAUUCCAGAGGCAACCCCGAGUCAUUUCAAAGGCUAAUUCAAAUGGAAAUUCAGGCAAGUUCAAAGCAGAUCCACCCUCUCGCUACUGGUCGUAACCAAGGAAUUCAUCAUCAUGAGUUAGACAUGGGUUUCCGACAUAGAUAG